AUGACAACUCCAUUCCCAAUCGACAACCUCCCCUACGGUGUCAUUUCGACCGCCGACAAUCCAACCCCGCGCUGUGCGACAGCCCUGGACGACACCGCCAUCGACCUCCGUGCGAUAGAGAAGGAUGGCCACUUCAAGUCCGUUGCUGGAUUUGAAACAGAUAUAUUCUCACAGCCAACGCUCAACGCCUUCGCUGCCCUCCCCAAGUCCUCCCACAGCCAGGUUAGGGAUCUCCUAACAACUCUGCUCUCCAAUGCAGACACUCGCCCCAAAUAUGCGAUUCCACUGGAGAAAGUCACAAACCAUUUCCCGAUGGAUACGAAGAACUUCUCCGACUUUUACUGCUCGCUCGAGCAUACCCAAAACUGCAGCAAAAUAAUGAACAUAUCCAUGCCGUCAAACUGGUUCAUAAUCCCCAGCGUCUACAACGGCCGCACAUCCAGCCUGCGUAUCUCCGGCACGCCCAUCCGCCGCCCAAACGGCGUAUUCCCACCCUCAAGUCCCAGUGUUGGCAACAAUAAACCCACCUUCCAACCCUCCACCCGCUUCGACUUCGAGCUCGAAAUCGGCCUCUUCCUCUCGCGCCCGCUCUCCCCCGGCUCUAUCCUCGACAUCGCCGACGCCCCGCAGUAUAUCUUCGGCAUGGUGAUCCUGAAUGACUGGUCCGCGCGGGAUAUCCAGGGGUUUGAGAUGGUCCCGCUAGGUCCGUUCCAUGGGAAGGGCGCGGGGACGACGAUUUCGCCGUGGAUUGUGACGGCGGAGGCGUUGGGUGCGUGUGCAGCUGCUGGUGUCAAAGUGCAGGAUCCGGCGCCGUUGAGGCAUUUGGCUUGGAGGGGGAGGAGAGACGAGGAGACGUGGGAUGUGGAGUUGACGGCUAGGGUUGUUAGGAAUGGCAAGUCGUAUCUCGUUACGGAGACGAACUUGAAGGAGCUCUACUGGACGCCGUAUCAGCAGCUGGUGCAUCUUGCGAGUGCCGGAGAGGGACUGAGUACGGGGGAUAUCUUUGGGACUGGGACUGUGACGAGUGAGCGUAUCAAUUCCAACGGAGAGAAUAUGGGUAUAGCGUGUCUGCUGGAACGUCACUUGCCGGAGAACAAAUUGGCUAGUUUGACGGAAGGACAGAUUGGGUUUCUUGAGGACGGGGAUGAGGUUGUUAUGGAGGGCUGGUGCGUGAAUCGCCAUACUGGACGGAGAUUUGGCUUUGGGGAGUGUAGUGGUGUCGUUCUUCCCGCUUUGAAUGUUGAUACUUAG